AUCUAACACCGAGCAGCGGGGGGUAAAGACACUGCCGCAUGCGCGCUCCCUUUCACCAAAACACACAGGAAGGAAGCGGGACGGCGGAGAACGCUUUGCCAGUUGGAUUGAACUCGUUUUCCGCGGCGGAGAGGACCGUAGUUGGAGAGAGGAGCGGGGCAGCCCGCCGCGCCGAGCAUGAAGCGGACGGCUGGAGUGGCCAGGCACAAUGGCCUCGUCUCUCCGCUGGGGAACAACAACUCCGGGGCUUCGAGCAUCGUCUCCCCACCGCCGCCGAGAGCCACCGGUGUCUCCGCUUGUGCCGACAGCGGUGCCGGCGGUGGGAUGGACGGCCUGCUGGAUUUCUCCAAAGGCCCCGUCGUCAAAACCGAGCUGGUGUGUAAAUGGAUUGACCGAACUUCUUCGAGACAGAGGCUUGGGCGGACGGCGACAUCCGUCUGCGACCAAACUUUCAGCUCCAUGCACGAGCUGGUGGACCACGUCACCACCGAGCAUGUAGCAGCGGGGCUCGAGACCCUCAGUCAUGUCUGCAUGUGGGACGAGUGUAUGCGCGGCGGGAAGGCGUUCAAAGCCAAAUACAAACUCAUCAACCACAUUCGCGUGCACACCGGGGAGAAGCCUUUUUCCUGCGCAUUUCCCAACUGCGGCAAGAUGUUCGCACGCUCCGAGAACCUCAAGAUCCACACACGCACGCACACUGGUGAGAAGCCAUUCCAGUGCGAGUUUUGCGAACGCCGCUUUGCCAACAGCAGCGACCGGAAGAAGCACUCGCAGGUCCACACGGCCUCAAAGCCCUACGACUGCAAGGCCCUGGGCUGCACCAAGUCCUACACCCACCCCAGCUCCCUGCGCAAACACAUGAAGGUUCACGUCAAGUCGUCACCUACCUCUGAACCCCAGGACGUGUAUGACUCCAUCGCUCAUCAACUCCAACAACCUCAUCAGGCUCUCCUCGAGCCCCUCGACCUUAAAAUUAACCGCCUCUCUCCGACACUUGCCAAUAAAAACACUCAUUUUCCUCUUCUGUCCAAUCACGAAUUGGAUAUCAGCUCAGCCAGCAAAGUUGACCAUAAGCUGCUGCUGCGGAGUUCGUCUCCAAUGGCAAUGCCUCUGGAUCUCUCUCUGUCAGGCUUGAAGAAUCAGCUGGCCCAGAAGCAGCAGAGUGGUAGGACCCCGCGGAGGAGCCAGCGCUCAGUCAACCCAGCCUUACCUCAGUUAUCUAACAUUAAGGAGUGGUAUGUCUGUACCAGGAGUACGGCGCCACACUUUCCUCUACUUCACCCAGACCACAUCAAAUCAGAACCUAGCGAUGACGAGGAGUAUGUCACGUAGGAUGGAGGGACUGGUGAAUUUGGACUUGAAGAACAUAUAUUGUCAGACCCAGGUCAGGCCAGAGGAUGCUCUGUGGAAUCAUAGUUGCUGUAAAUUUCCAGAACCAGCACUUGUAUGGUUCAGUGGCCCUUCUAAGAUGGAGUUGGCUGUCUCAGAUGGAGACUUUUUUUUACUCUGUCUCUAAUUGAAAACUUGGCGAUCAUCACUAUCUGUGGACCAAUGGCUCAGUGUUGCCAGAGGGGACAAGACGAAUUCCAUCGUUAUGGUUAUCAAACAAAAUGUUUGACAAAAAAACUGUUGUCCAAUCAGUGUUAGCUAGCUAACCUGAACUAACAUGGGGGAUGACAUUGUACAAAUGGACCAGGGGAUGUUGGGUACUGCUCUGCUUGCUGUUAAAGAAUAUGAAGAGAGUGUGUGUACGUGAUGACCUCUCUAGGAAGACAGAUUAUUGACCAAUUUAUCUAAGAGCUCCACCUAGAUAAAGCAAUUUCAAGGGCUACAUUGACACUUAUGGAAAGUGGUUAAUGUUAACCUGAGCUCACGAUAGCACUGUACACAUGGUAACACAGCAGGUCCAAAAAUGGCAGGCACACAGGGUGAAGGUGAGUGUGUGUCUCUUCUAGCCUCAGUAUGUUUUAAAUAAAUUAGUUUGUAUGUCAGAUAGUUGAAAAAUUAUUGGAUGCAGCUGAUUGUUAGCCUGGUAACACCACCCUCAACUCAUGAGCUCAGCAUUCUGUUAUGCUGUCUGUAUCAGUCUGGACUUGCUGCCGCCCCCAAAUGCUUUCACUGGACGGGAUUACUCACUUUGACAGAUGAACUCCUUCAGCCAGUAUCCUGUGGCUAUUGCUUUUCCUGAAAUUAGCCCUAGCCUCUACAACACAAACACAUACAUUGUUAAGUUAGAUAUUAACAGUAGAUCUAAAAGUACAAUGAACGUGUCAGCGUGUAUGUUGUUGAUAACAGUGCUCAUGAGGUUUUCAGCCUAUUUCAGCCUGUUUUCAUUCAGCAACCAGCUGCCUCUGCACAGCCGAAUACCAGCUUGUUGUAUGUCUGAAGAAUUUUUAACACCCAUCUGCAUACCAUCUCGGUAGCGAAACAUCAAUGAUGGAUGUUGGAUUUGUUUCAGGGAGCAUCCAGUUGACAAACCAUUGACACAGAGUCCGUUGACAAAUAAAGCUUUUGCCAAAUCCAGUCGGAAGAACAGCAAAACAUGUGAAUGCAUACUCUUGUUGUUGUUUAAUUGCAGUUAUUGACUGUUUCUGUGUUUCCUCUACUAAUGCUAAAGUUAGCGCUUGUUCCUUCGGAGGCCACCAUUACCAGCUGCUUUUACACAGAGAUGGAGCUAUACGGCCGCAACAAAGUCCCCCCUUUAUAUCGCCCCUGCACUUUUACACAGAACCAACCGAUGGUGGCAUCAGUCUACCCCUCUGUGUGAUUAUACAAUGCAUCACGGCAGCCUGCAAUAAAUGGAGGCAUGACACAAAAAUAUUUGAGAAUCCACCUCUAGCUUGACAUAAAACAUAUGCGUUGGCUGCGCUUUCUAAACAAUAACAAAGGCAUAACACGUCAAUCACAAUCAUUUACUGUCUCAGUUAUAUGUCAGCUGAUCUCGAUCUCUGCUCAGAGGGUAAGGAGCUCUCAAAUCUCAUUGUUUUCCCAGUUCGUGGACAUACACGGACACAAAAAGUGACCAGAAGCUAUGCUAACGGCUACUUUUUAAAUGUCCUGUGGUGGGUCGCAGGCAUUAACAUGUCAUCAAAACAUUACACCCUUGUCGCCCAUGGUCAAGUCUUCCCGGCUUUACAUUUUAUACAGACCUUGUUUCAGGGAUGUUGUUACCUCCGGUCGCAGCUGAGAGGCGAGAACCACUCUGUCCCCCCUUUCCACGAUCGGACGUUAUGUACAGAACAGCGGGGCGGCAUAAUGGCGUGAUAUUCCCACCUUGAACAGACAGUGUAAAUGUGGCUACUGUUUUGCAAGCAGUGGCCUUUAUGUUACGUCAUCAACUACAACAAAGUCCCUGAUUGGCUGCUUAGAUUGUCAACUAUGGUGUGGAUCCCAGAUUGGUCCAGAUUGGCCCCGAUUGGAUAUUAAGUUCUGGAAAGUGUUUUGGGUGUCAGCAAGUCCAGACUGAUACAGGGAGCGAAACAGAAUGUUGAGCUCACGUCAUCGGGGGGGUCGUACCAGGCUAGCUGACUAUGCUGUUGGAAAGGGGGUUUCUGAUGCUGUUAGGUGAUUCGACAAGCUUUAUUUGAAGCAAACUGAGGCCUUUACUAACAAACCAUUGGUAGUAACUUGUUCAAAAGUGUUUUAUGUGUUUACAGUCUAAUCCAACACAGUAGCCAGCAGUGAAGCUGCAGUCUGAAGACAGUGGGACUGAUCCUUCUUUGUACUGAUCAUCAAGUGUCUCCUUAACCUCUUCAACUCUAUGGACCUUUCAGUGGGUUAAUCGCCUGCAUCUGUUUACACUCCAUGUACAAUUAAGUCAAGACCCCAAGGUUUCCAAAAUUACCAUAUAUGUCAUACACAUAUUCCUUUAACAUGAAAAUGUGUAUUAAACGAUACACACGACAUCUUGUAUUUUCCCUUUGAUCAAAUGGUGCAGCCAUUAAACAGUGGCAAGUGGAAACAAACUGAAUGUAUUGUGUAAGAUUUUGGUACAGCUUUGAAAAAUGUCGCAUUUAUGUCUGAAGUUAAGAAUGCAUUGAGAACACAAGAAGUGAGUCAUAGCAGUGUACAUUAUCCACCCACAAGUAGGUAAUUUCAAGCUGGAUUUGAACAUGGGAUGCAACAAAGCCUACCUGAGGAAGAUUGUUUGUCGUACAGGUUUAAAUGCUAAUCAAAAGAAAAUUAUAGUCUGUUGCAACCUAGGUUGUACAACCCAAGUAAACCUUCAGUUUUCUCAUAUAAACUCUGGACAAUAUCCAGAUGUACCUUUAACAUGUAGCGCACAACACGAGAUUGUCCGUGACGUGUCUGAAACGUUCUCACCUACUGAAAAUACUCUAUUUCAUUUAGAUGAAGGGUGGCACCCAGAGCGGGCAGGAUGCAGGAUGCGAUGCGAAAAGUAUGCUGCAGAAAUUGCAGUGUUUUGUUUAUGUAGAUGGUUCAUAAUUUAGUCAUAAAAAAUCCAAUUCGUGUACAAACAACCAAGUGACGUAAUUUCUGUUGCCAUUCCUUAAAUUUGUCUGACAAUUUCGCCCUUACAGAAAGAAGUUCUUGAAUCUUGUCGUCUCUCUGGUUAGACAUUCCUGUUAGAGUAUUUGAAUAAAUGAC